AAUUUUAUGACGUACUAUUUCCGCGACACUGUUUUGGGGGCAGACUGAUUUCUAUCUUCCGUGUCAUGGUCUGUGGUUGUGAUGUACCUUCUCUCAACUUUAUUACACUAGUCUUUAUGGAUGAACGGAAGAGUAAUUAUUCUGUUUUAGUCAUAAAGCAGACACAUAGCGUAAAAUGACAGUCUGCAGUUUCUUCCUUCAAGGAAGGUGUCGUUAUGGGGAGAAGUGUUGGAACGAGCACCCGAGAGGAGGAGGAGGAGGAGGAGGAGGUAGAGGCGGCGGCGGCGGUGGCGGAGAUUACAGUCGAGGCGCUCCACAGUCUAACAGAGGAGGCGGAGGUUUCGGAAAUAGAGUAUGGGUGAAUCCGCAGCGAGCCGGUGGAGAUUUUGUGAAACCCUCCACUUUUGGUGGAAGAGACACUGGCAAGGAUUCUUCUUUCGGCGUCUCUACACAAAACCGAUUCGGUUCCCUGAAUACUCCAAGCAGCUUCGACAGGGGUGGACAAAAAGACGAAAAUGAAAAGCACUUGGAAACCAUUCAAAAGGACAUGGAGAUCUGGGAAAGCUCUGGACAGUGGUUGUUUUCAUGUUACGCUGUCCUCAAAGCCUCAAUCUCAGGGUUUGUGGAACUAUCUCAUGAGGAGCUCAGACUGGAGUAUUAUAAUGGCCGAGCAUCCGGAGACCUCCAGACCUAUGGAAACUCCGUGCAGCAGCUGGCUAGCCAGGGGAUGAGCCGACUUCAGGAGCUUAGAGUCAUGAAUGCCAGCACACGAUCUGCACUGAUAGCGGAGUUAAAUAACCCUGGACAGCAAACGUCCUCCUUUGGGGCAGCAUCAUCGGGAAUUGGCUUUGGAUCCCCGGAGUCGUCUGGGUUUGGAUCGACCGCACCGUCUGGGUUUGGAUCGACCGGGCCGUCUGGAUUUGGAUCCACUGCGCCGUCUGGGUUUGGGUCUGCACCACCAUCCACAGGAUUGGGAUCAGGAGGCUUCGGAGACCCUGCCCCGAGUAGCGCCACCUUCAGUUUUGCGUCUCCUCAGGGCGCGCCCACCGGUUUCGGCUCUACCCAGCCCCAAUCCCAGCCAUCUUUUGGCGCAGCCCCCGGCGCUGCCCCCUCGGCUGCCGCCUUCUCCUUUGCUGCUCCUGCAGCUGCCAGCUCCACUAAAGACACAUCUGCUGCUUUCGGAGGGUCGGCCGCUGGCUUCAGCUUUGCCUCCGGCGCUGCUCCGUCCUCCACAGGUGGCUUUGGCGGGGGAUUCGGAGCCCCUGCAGUGGCCAGUGGCUUUGGGCAGCCAAGCGGCCGCACCAAUACUGGGCUUUUUGCCUCGGGAGGGGCUGGGGCAGCCGCAGCUGCAGCCAGUGCCGGGGCAUCAGCGGAGAGCCUGUUCACCCCUCAGAGUGAACUGACAGCGGACGAGCUGAAGGAGUUUGCAGCAAAGAGGUUUACAUUGGGCCAGAUUCCCCUUAGACCUCCACCGGCUGACAUGCUGGUCGUCUAAUGGACAAAUAAAGACUUGGUGACAGGAGGGACUGGCUGAUAUCUUUUAGUGAAUUUUUUUAAUCAAUUGCAAAUAAACAAGGGUAAAAUACA